AUGGGUGACAUCCGCGACUUUUACAAACAAGAAAGGACUUGUUGCCUUUCCAUCCAACUCUUCACAGCCGGAAUCAUGAUCAUACUCUACUUCAACACAUUUCUAGCCAUAUUUUGUGCAUGUAUGUCAUUCUUCGGUCCCAAAAUUCUAGCACUCGUACAACCUGCUAUAGUAUCCUACAUCUUUGGCAUACUAUAUCUGACAGUUGCAGGUCUUCACAUCUUUGGCAUAAUAUGUGUUGAAAGGAAUUUCGUUUCUCGUUUCCGGAUAUUCAAAAAUCUUACUCUAUACGCCGUAGGGUCCAUCUUGCUACUGGGUCUGGUCUUCAUCAUUAGGACCGCAGCCCAACACACAACCUCGGUCGCUCAGUGCAUGGAAGUCUACCACUUCCCCGUUGACGCCACAUACAGCAAGACAAAACCCAAGGAUAGAGCUGGCUCGAGCUCCGCCGUUAAUGCGGCUAUGACAGUCUGUGACAUAUUUUCUUGGGUACAAGUUGUUGUGAUGGGUCUCGUUUGGCUCGCUCUUACUGGAACUCAGCUAUAUUUUGGAGCAAAACACCGGAUUUUUUUUGAAUUGAAACACAAAGAUUAUCUGGAAGACACGGCCCAGGCGUGA